ACAAUCAGAUGAUGGUUUUAUGUGCUUUGACAUAACCGUUAAUGCCUCUGGGUGAUGAGCUCUCUGUGUAGUUUAUCAUGUUUCUGAUUCGAGGGCUGGAUCAUUUCUGACUUUGUCAGGACGCAGAGCCCAACAGUUCUUAACAUAAUUAUUAUUCAAUUUAAAUGUUUUACGUCAUUUAGUAACUGCAUAAUUUAUGUUUAGUUGUUCAAACCCUUUACUUGAUAGAUGAAAUUCAGUAGCCAGGGGCAGGAAAUUCAGCAAAACAUCAGAACAAGGCAGUGUUUAACCAGUUUAACCAGUUUAACCAGUCUAACAGUGUAGGCGUGUCAUCAGUACAGUGAGCACCUGUAUUCAAAACAAUAACAUAUAAGAGAAAAACAAGGAAGUGAGCUACAGAAUAAAACACACUGAUGGUGGACAUUUGGUGACUGCAGGUUUUUACCAACAUGGAAAGACCAGACUCUCCUGAGCCUGAGACCGGACGCAGAUCUCCACAGAAAGACCGUCCUGACUUUAAAAUCAGGAAACUGACUCCUGAUGAGAGGAUCACUGAGACACCAGAUGCCCUUGAAUCUGAACCUGGACCCAGCUGUGUGUCUCUGAAGAGUGAUCAGUCAAAGGAUGGCAUGAUCCUCUUUAAAGGAAUCAAAUCUGCUUCUGCUGAGAAAGCUCAUCAGGAGAGUCUGCAGCAUCAAACUGAUCUGGACUCAGUAUUUAAGAUGCUGGAGGAAAACAUUAUCACGUUUGUGAAGAACGAGCUGAAGAAGAUGCAGAAUGAUCUAAAUCCAGAUUAUUCAGAGUAUCAGAGGGAUGAAGAGGAGGUGUUGGACAGUGAGGAAGAGAAGCAGAGAAGGAGCAGCAGAGAGGCAUUUCUGAAACUUGCAGUUAACUUCCUGAGAAUAAUGAAACAGGAGCAGCUGGCUGACUGUCUGCAGAGCAAAAAUCCUGAUCCACUUUGUGAGAACACAUUUAAAUGUAACCUAAAGAAGAAGUUCCAGUGUGUCUCUGAGGGGAUCGCUAAACCAGGAACCCGAACCACUCUAAAUGAGAUCUACACAGAGCUCUGCAUCACAGAGGGAGGGACCGGAGAGGUCAACACUGAACAUGAGGUCAGACAGAUUGAAAUGUUUUCCUGGAAACCAAACAGACCAGAAACAUCAAUCAGGUGUGAAGACAUCUUUAAAGCUUCGACUGAAGGAGACAAACCAAUCAGAACAGUUCUGACCAAAGGAGUGGCUGGCAUCGGGAAAACACUCCUGACACAAAAGUUCACUUUGGACUGGGCUGAAGACAAGACCAACCAGGACAUCCAGUUCAUUUUUCCAUUCACAUUCAGAGAGCUGAAUUUACUGAAGGAUAAAAAGUUCAGCUUAGUGGGAUUUAUUCAUCACUUCUUCACUGAAAUCAAAGAAGCAGGAAUCUGUAACUUUAAAAAGUUCAAAGUUGUGUUCAUCUUUGAUGGUCUGGAUGAGUGUCGACUUCCUCUGAACUUCCACAUCACUGAGAUCCUCACUGAUGUUACAGAGUCCACAUCAGUGGAUGUGCUGCUGACAAACCUCAUCAGGGGAAAGUUGCUUCCUUCUGCUCACAUCUGGAUAACCACACGACCUGCAGCAGCCAAUCAGAUCCCUGCUGACUAUAUAGACAUGGUUACAGAGGUCAGAGGGUUCACUGACCCAAAGAAGGAAGAGUACUUUAAGAAGAAACUCAGAGACAAGGAAGAAGCCAACACCAUAAUCUCUCACAUCAAGACAUCACGAAGCCUCCACAUCAUGUGUCACAUCCCAAUCUUCUGCUGGAUCACUGCUACAGUUUUAGAGAGUUUGUUAAAAACCAAACAGGAUGGAGGAAAACUGCCCAAGACACUGACUGAGAUGUACAUUCACUUCCUGGUGGUUCAGACCAAACUGAAGAACAUCAAAUAUGAUGGAGGAGCUGAGACAGAUCCUCUCUGGAGUCCAGAGAACAGAAAGAUGAUUGAAGCACUGGGGAAACUGGCUUUUGAGCAGCUGCUGAAAGGAAACCUGAUCUUCUAUGAAACAGACCUGACAGAGUGUGGCAUUAAUGUCAGAGAGGCCUCAGUGUACUCAGGAGUGUUCACACAGAUUUUUAAAGAGGAGAGAGGACUGUACCAAGAGAAGGUGUUCUGUUUCAUCCAUCUGAGCAUUCAGGAGUUUUUAGCUGCUCUUUAUGUCCAUCUAACAUUCACCAACUCUGGUAUCAACCUGCUGAAAGAAGAAGAAACAGCCUCAGGACAGACUGACGAGUCUUCAGUAAGACAGUUCUACCAGAGUGCUGUGAACGAGGCUUUGAAGAGUUCAAAUGGACACUUGGACUUGUUUCUUCGCUUCCUCCUUGGUCUUUCGAUGCCAUCCAAUCAGGAUCUCCUACAAGGCCUGCACACACAAACAGGAAACAGGUCACAGAUAAAUCAGGAAGCAGUCAAGUACAUUAAAGAAACAAUGAAUGACACUCUCUCUUCAGAGAAAAGCAUCAAUCUGCUCCACUGUCUGAAUGAAUUGAAUGAUGACUCUAUAGUGAAGGAGGUCCAGCAUCACCUGAGUUCAGGACACCUGUCUAAAGUUAAUCUCUCUCCUGCUCAGUGGUCAGCUCUGGUCUUCAUCUUACUGUCAUCAGAAACAGGUGUGGAUGUGUUUGACUUGAGGAAAUACUCAGCUUCAGAAGAGGCUCUUCUGCAGCUGCUGCCAGUGGUCAAAGUCUGUAAGAAAGCCCAGUUGAGUGGCUGUAACCUCACAGACAGAAGCUGUGAAGCUCUUUCCUCAAUUCUAAGUUCUCAGUCCUCCAGACUGAGAGAGCUGGACAUGAGUAACAACAACCUCCAGGACUCAGGAGUGAAGCUGCUUUGUGUUGGACUUGGGAGUCCACACUGUAUGCUGGAAACUCUCAGGCUGUCAGGCUGUCAGAUCACAGGAACAGGCUUCACCUCUCUGGCCACAGCUCUGUGCUCCAACCCCUCCUAUUUGAAAGAGCUGGACUUGAGCUAUAAUCACCCAGGAGACUCAGGAAUGAAGCUUUUGUCUGCUCUAAAGGAGGAUCCACAUGUGAAACUCGACAUACUCUGUGUGGAACCUCAAGGAGUCCAGUGGAUGAGACCAGGUCUAAAGAAAUAUUUCUGUGAUCUGACGCUGGAUCCAAACACAGCACACAGAAACCUCAAACUGUCUAAAAACAACAAAGAGGUGACACAUGUGAAAGAAGACCAGCUGUAUCCUGAUCAUGAUCAUAGGUUUGAUCAGUGGCCUCAGCUGCUGUGUACCAACAGUCUGAGUGGUCGCUGUUACUGGGAGGUUGAGUGGAGUGGAGAGGUUCAUGUUGCUGUAGUUUAUGGAGGAAUCAGACGGAAAGGAGAAGAGGAUGAAAGCAGGUUUGGAAGGACUGAUCAAUCCUGGAGUCUCAACUGCAGUGAUAAUAAGGGUUACUAUGCAGGUCACAAAUUUGAUUUAAGAGCCAUCCCUCUGCUCUCCUCAGCUCUUUCUCACAAAGUAGCAGUGUAUGUGGACUGUUCUGCAGGAACUGUGUCUUUUUACAGUGUCUCCUGUGAUAAACUGAUCCACCUGCACACCUUCAACACCACCUUCACUGAACCUGUAUAUGCUGGGUUUAGAGUGAAGCCUGACUCUAGUAUCCACCUCUGUGCUGACUCAGAAUAAUGAACUUACUGUGCAGAGAAAUAUUCUCACAUUGGUGUUUCAUACUUUUUCUUACUUAGUAUAUCAGGUAUACUGUCUCGUACAUAUAUUAGUUUGUUUUUCAGUUCAGAGAUGUUCGAUUAGACUGCUCCUCUUGAAAAAAUAAUAUUUUAUUAUCUUAUUGUCUUUGGUGCCUUUUUUUAAGAGCAGAUAUCAGUUUCUACUUAUAUACUACAGUUUAAAUACCCACAGGACUUUUAGUGCUGAGGAAAGAGGAACUGCAUUUUUAAAUCUGUUUCAUUACUAUCAUCUAUUACUAAAAUUGUUGCAUUAUAAACAUUUUAAUCAUGCUUAGACUGAUGGAUGAAAUCUUUCGAACAUAUAAUUUAGACAUUUUAGACGUUGUUGGUUAGACUUUGUGAUGAUGAGCGCUGCAGGCUCUAGAUAUUUUGUGUUUAGGCAUCUUUAAUUUUUUUACAUUGCAUAACUAUACGUUUGUGUCUCUCUCUUGUUAUGCAAAUUAAGUAACAUUUUACCACAAUUAGUUCCUGGAGAAAUGCAACAUCACCACUGUGUGACCAGUUUUCACAACAACUGAUCUGGAUGGUUCUGGAUCCAUUUAUUAGUCUGUGUUGAUCCAAAUGUAGCUUCUAAUACUGCUGAUACAAGAAGAGCAGCUUAUUAUUAGUCCUGUAUUCAUCCAGGUAAAAAAAUCUCAUUGAGAUUAAAAAUCUCAUGUCCAAGAGAGAUCUGGCAGCUUAUGGCUAACUGGACUCUAUGGAGAAGUCUCGCUGCAGUGAAUAAUCAAUAAAAAACCGUCUGACUUUUA